AUACCAAUCUAACGACAAAGCAUUGUAGGAACCCGCUUUUCGCAAGUGGAAAAAUAUCACAAUGUUGCUAACAGCACAAUGCCUAGUUGUUGCGCGAAAAGAAAAUCGCAAACAUGCCGAGCACCACAGGCUCAAACGCGCCGUCCAUGGUGCUGUCCGAUUUUGGGUCCGGGUCCGGGUCCGGGUCCGGAAACAGCACUUCCGCGACCCAAUCAGGGACCCUGGCCGCCUACAUUUACAACACCGACGGUCCCGCCGACCGGUUCGUGCAGCCCUACCCCGAGUCACAGACCGAUCGGUUGGCCAGGCUGGACCAAGAGACGGCAGCCCUGCAGCAGAGGGCUCGCCCUCCGAAUGGGCACCAGGCAUCUCGAACGCCUCGCAAGCUCUGCAGGCGCCGCGGUGACGUGCUGUCACCGGCGGCUACUGAGUCGGUGAUGCACAAGAAAUCCCAUGCCAUGCUUUUCUCCAACCGCCAUUCGAUGCGGGGCCUUGCGCAGCAGACGGCCCUCAGCGCCGCCUCUCCUUGCCCUCGCCCCUAA